GUGCCGCCCCCGGCCCGGCCAUGGCGUUCCCGAGGCCGCGGCCCGCCCGGCCCGAGCUGCCCCGGCAGCGGGUGCGGAGCCUGCAGUGCGGGCAGGGAGCGGUGCGGGCCGCCCGCUUCAACGCCGACGGGAACUAUUGCCUGACGUGCGGCAGCGACAAGACCCUGAAGCUCUGGAACCCCCACAAGGGCACAGCCCUCCGCACCUACCAGGGCCACGGCUACGAGGUGCUGGACGCCGCGGGGUCGUUUGACAACAGCCAGAUCUGCUCGGGCAGCGCGGACAAGGCCGUGGCCCUUUGGGACGUGACCACCGGGCAGGUGGUCCGCAAGUACCGGGGGCACGCGGGG